UCAUAAUAUAGAAAUUUGGAGUAUGCUAUGCAUGGAUGAAAGCGUCAAAUGAAACCAAAGUUCAGCAAAACAGACUGCCACCUUUGCGGAGAUGAUUGGUUGCUUUGUGUAGCGGAGAACAAGAACAUAAGAAGAAGAGAACAAAUACCAAGAAAAACACAACAAAAGAAGACCAAGAAGAAGAGAAGAAGUAGAAGAAAGAGAAACAAGAUGCCGAAGAACAAAGGAAAGGGAGGCAAGAACCACAAGAGGGGGAAGAACGAAGCCGAUGACGAGAAGCGUGAGCUCCUCUUGAAACAGGAGGGCCAGGAAUACGCGCAGGUCAUACGCAUGUUAGGCAACGGCCGAUUGGAAGCCAAGUGCCAGGACGGCGUGGCCUGCCUCUGCCACAUCUCCGGCAAGCUACACAAGAAGGUCUGGAUCGCGGCUGGCGAUAUUCUCCUCGUUGGGCUAAGAGACUUCCAGGAUGGCAAGGCUGAUGUCAUCUAUAAGUACAUGCCCGACGAGGCCCGGUUGCUCAAGGCUAAUGGGAAGUUGAAUGACAGUUUCAGGCCCAAUGAGAGCGGCGACCAUGAUGACGACAACUCUGGCGAUGGUUACAUAGAGUUUGAGGAUGCUGAUGUUGAUACAAUUUGAGUUUUGUCCUGCUGGAGUGCUGGGAUCAUAUUUUUGUUGUUAUAUAAUGUUUGAAGUGCUAGUAAUGUUGAAAUAU